AAAAAAGAGAAAAAAGAAACGCUUCAUUUCAACUCUGUAUUUCUCAAAAUCUCAACUUUACUAUCCCUUUUUUAGAAAAAAAAAGAAAAGAGAGUGAAAUAAUGAGCGACAGGGAUUUCAGAAAGUGUGUUACGCCUUGCUCCCGUUUCAUCACAAGAGGAGACGGACACGCCUUCUGUGUGAAGUGUUUGGGCGUAGAGCAUGCUACAGCAGCCCUCGAGGGGUCUGACUGUCAGCACUGUGAGCAUUUCACUAUUAGGCAACUAUGCUCUCGACUCACUCUCUUCUCGUCCGAAGGGAGUUGGGUUUCAGAGCCUCGCGGAUCUGGGCCGGUUGCUGCCGAGGCAGCCAGCCAGCUAGCUACGGUCGUAAGGAUUCUCGUAUGGAUUUGGAAGAGGAGCCGGAGACGAGCGCUGCUCUAUCUCUUGCUCUGUCUUCCAGGUCUGGCUCUACGCCUGACUUUAGAGCUCACCUCGCGACUCCUCCUUCCCCUAUGGAAAGCCAAAACACCCUCGCUGACUCUGAGGACCCGGUAGAGGGUGCCAUUGCACCAAAAAUCAACAGCAGCUCUCAAGCAUAUAAAGAGCUGCUUGAGGUGAUUACUAGGGCAGUUGAAAAGUUUAAUAUAGACUGGCCCAGGGAAGAGGAAGUGGCUUGUAGCAGGCUGGAUGAGUGCUUCCUCUCCAGUGAAAAUAAAUAUAAAGCUCCCUCACACUGCAGAAAACUCCCCCUUUUUCCAGAAGUGCAUGAUGAGAUAUCAUGCUUCUAUAGAACACCAUACACUAGCCGUGUUUAUAACCCCGCAGCAUCCGAUUACUCAGCUGUCUUUGGGAGUGAGCAGUACGGCUAUUUAGCAAUGCCAAAGGUGGAGGAGGUGCUUGCGAGCCACCUCUUUCCAUCAACGGCAGGUAAUUUAGGAAGGCCAACUUUACCCUCUAAGCCAUGUAAGGCCACCUCGGCGUUGGUGGGCAAAGCCUAUAUGGCAGUGGGUCUUGCUUGUGGGUCCCUGCCUACAAUCAACCUCUCAGGAAUGGGGGACAAAGAUAAGGUCUCCUUGCUGAACACCCCUGUUAAACCUUCCGGCCUGUUUGGGGGCGCGGUCAAUGCCAUCGCCGACAUGUUUAGUGAGGCAAAACAGCAAACGGCGACAUUCAGCCAGUUCCUUCCCCAUCGUGUCGAGUUUGCACGGGCCUCCAUGAGUGGAGCCCGGGCCAGCGCUAAUGCGAGGGAGACACAGAAGACGAAUGUUGCAGGCGCCUCCCCCCGCAGAAAGCCAGUGGGACCGGGUGCCCACAGCCACAGCCUGCAAAGAGGCCUGAUCUAAAAAUGAUCAUAAAAACAAAGCAUGCAAGGAAGGAACGGUCCUGAUGGACCACAGAGAGAUGUAUCAGGUGUCAUGAGAAUGCUAGGGCAGUUAGCCCCAGUGCUACUGUAGGGCCAGUCUUCUCUGGUCAGCGAGCUGUCACAGGACGACGGAAAUUUGAUGCUUUCCCUCCAACAAAAUGUGGAAAAGGUAACGUCACUGAAAGACUAUUUGGUAGCAUGGAAACUACUGCCAAAUGUGUCACCAUGGGUUCUGUCUACCAUAGAAAAGGGUUACCGGGUCCAGUUCAGAGCUCGACCCCCCCCCGGUCGAGAUGCCUAGAGAUGCGGGCCAUAUUCCUAGCACUGAAAUUUAUUCCUCAGUUGAGAGGUCACCAUGUGCUAGUUGUGUCAGACAACACAGCGGUGGCCUCAUAUGUCAACCACCAUGGAUGGUUACAUUCAGGCCUCUGUUCAGGCAGGCACAACUAAUCCUUCUCUGGGCAGAGAGAAAGUUCUUGUCAGUGAGUGCAUUGUACAUUCCGGGCAGCCAGAAUGUAGUGGCAGACAUCCUGUCGAGGCAGGGACUAAGGCCCGGGGGUUGGAGGCUCCAUCCACAAGUGGUGGAGUCCAUAUGGCAGAGGUUCGGACAAGCGGAAGUGGAUGUGUUCGCCUCCGAGGAGACGACACACUGCCCGCUGUGGUUUGCCCUCACUCCUCCUGCACCAUUGGUGCUGGAUGUCAUGGUGCACACGUGGCCGAGGUUACGUCUAUAUGUUUUCCCCCGAUCGCUCUGCUGCCACAAGUUCUAGGGAGAGUUCGCCAAGACCGUCUACAUCUGCUGCUAGUAGCACCUUAUUGGCCAGCUCGAAUAUGGUUCUCAGAGAUAAUUUCCCUGCACGACGGCACUCCUUGGGAGAUUCCCAUCCGCAGGGAUGUACUGUCUCAAGCCGGAGGGCUGAUUUAUCACCCUAGGCCAGAACUAUGGAAACUGUGGGCCUGGCCCCUGAGGGGCACCAGCUCAUAGAUUCUGGUCUCAUAAUUGAGGUUGUAGAGACCAUGUUAAAUGCUAGAGCACCAUCCACAAGGAAAUUGUAUGUGCUCAAGUGGCGGCUUUUUGUUUUGUGGUCUGAGGAACGUCAGCAAAUACCUUCCUGGGACCUUUCUGUGGUCUUGGAAGGUCUGUCAGGUGCCCCAUUUGAGCCCUUAGAGUCAGCCUCUAAGAAGCUCCUGACUCUAAAGGUAGCUCUUCUACUGGCCCUGACAUCUCUCAAGCUAGUGGGAGAUCUACAAGCUCUCUCUGUUGCCCCUUCCUGCCUUGACUUUGCACCUGGACUAGCCAAGGCCUUCCUGUAUCCUAUGCCGGAUUAUAUUUCUAAAGUGCCUACAUCCGCUGUCCACCCUGUGGUGUUGCAGGUCUUCUACCCUCCUCCGUUUCUCACACCGGAACAAGAGAGGAUGCACCUGCUGUGUCCAGUAAGGGCUCUCUGUACUUACGUCCACCGCUCCGGCCAGUGGUGGAGCAGCUGCUGGUCUGCUUUGGCGGCGACAGUAAAGGUGAUACUGUGUCAAAGCAGCGCAUCUCUAAUUGGAUAGUGGAAGCAAUCUCUAUGGCUUAUGAGGCGCGCGGUCUUGCAAUGCCUCUGGGCAUAAGAGCUCAUUCCAUUAGGGCGGUCGCCUCCUAGAAGGCUUUGUCCAAAGGGGUAUCCUUACACGAUGUGUGUGCUGAUGCAGGAUGGUCUACACAAUACACAUUCAUUCGUUAUUACAGCCUGAAUAUUCAUUCGACCCUUGGUUCAAGUGUCUUGCAGUGACCCUCGGGCUUGGGUCCUUUUGAACAGGGCGUACCCUCAGUAUGACGGAGUGGGUAUUCUCGUUCCCAUAUUGUUAUGCUAAAUGCAACGUCGAAGUUUCCUUUGAAAGGGAACGUCGGGGUUACGCAUGUAAUCCUGUUCCCUGAGUAGGGAAUGAGACGUUGCAUAGCUUUGUCAUACCAGGGCAGGCCUGUGAAUUGCGUCUUCGCUUCAGAUAAAAGAGGCUGGCAGCGUGGUUCACAGCUGCCAUAUAUAUAUAUAUAUAUCAUGUGACGCGCUUAAUUGCCACGUCACCUGAUCAUGGCACGUCUAUAAGUAGAGGUAUGAUUUUACACAAGCUUCAGAGAAAUCUCUGUGCACAAGGGACAAGCGUGAAAAUCAAUAUUGCAUGUCUGUGAUCUUCGCGCCCUCAGGUGGUACUGUAUUAAAAGCAGGCAUGGUUCUGUAAUGGAAAUCACCGCUUGGGCUCAAAAACGCCCCCUAAACUCAUUGUGAAUUUGAUCAAAUUAAGUUGGAUGUUUACUUAAUAUUGUAGUACUUAGUAUCGUUUUUAUAUUAAACUUAAUAGGUGUAAUUUUUUGUGACAUAAAGCUAAAUCUUAACACAUGGUUUUGUAUUUAAAUAAACAAUUUGUAAACUGUUGCUAGUUAAAAUUCGUAUGUAUAAAGGUUGAAAGAUUAUUCCAAAAAAUAUAUGUAUUUGUACAUAAAUUCAGGCUGAAUCAAUGGUCUGCACAGUCUACAUCCAACUGUGACCUUAGGAAUAAGUUCAUGAAGAGAAACAUAUCUUUCUACAAACUCGGGAGGUGAAUUAUUAUUGAGAUUUGGCUCAAAAGCUACUUGUACUGGCGUGCUUGUUGUUUUUAUGGUCUGCUUAUACAACUACUUUUCAGUGUGUUUGCACAGUAUUCAACCAAAGACCACAUUUUGAUUAAACUUAAUAAUUGAUUAAACAAUAUAACAUGUGGCGGCAUGCUGCCAGCCAGUUAAACCCCACAGGUGAACAGGAAGUUGGGUUAUAUCCGCCUGUCAUCUGUACACAGCACGGCUGGCAGGCAUAUCGUUGGAGGAUGUGGGUACAGACACCCCUUUAAAAGGUAAGAGUUUUUCCAUAAUUUAAUCUUGAAAAUGUGUCUAAUUAUAACUAGAGUAAAUGUUUGCUUUUCAAGAAUUAAUUCUUUUCAACAGAUUGUUUGUUACGAGCUAGGUCUCGCAUGAUCUCAUGCACUUCACCCGCAGUGUCUAUAGCUAUGGAUGAAAGGUUAAUAUUAUAUAUUAUAUAUAUCAAUACAUUUACUUACCACAAAUGUAACUGUAUGUUCCCAGUUGUCACGGAGACAGUGAAUGAACCUGCGACGUUCUAAAUAAUAAAAUUUACUAAAAUAUGAGAACAACAAUCCUUAACCUACGAUAUGAACGCAAACACUUAAAACAAUCAAAAGUAAAUUUAGCUACAAACCUCCUAUAAACUAAUCUUAUACACAAACGCACAUGAACAGCAUAUACACACAUGACUUAACUGUACAUUAAAUAAACUACGAAUAAAAUACAAAUCUUAAACUGUAGUAAAUCUGACUUAUCAAACUGUACACUAUAUAACUAAUAUAAAUACUAUAUAUGGUAAUAACAACCUUCCAGCAAACACAAACACGCUUUUGACGAAGUCAAGCGAACCCCGCCGUUGAAAUGAAAGCUAGUUAGUCGAACAGAGGCUUGAUCAUGACGAAAAAAAUCAUCGACUUCGAAUAUAUGUAGAAAAGAAGCUUGAACAAUGUUAACAUUCUUGAAAUGCUAUAUUACUUUGAAAUUAUGCGAAAAAAAAUGAUUAAUGAAGUUACUGCUGUGUAAUUCCAAAGAAAUACAUCUAGAUGUAAUUGUUCAUUGUUCACUAACAUUUAAUGUUUAUUUCAUUUUUUACAGGAAUACGAAAUCUCUUGCAUACGAAACUGCACAUACGAAACCAAAACAUACGAAGCUAAGCAUGCGCAUGCGCAGAUAUUGUCCCUAAACCAUGUUGGAUUUCAUUGUAUAGGCUACAUCUUGAACUGGUGGGAGCUGAGAGUUGCCCCUCCCCCACAGGGAAAACAUCUUCCCGCUGGAGUUCAUUCUCUCUCUCUCACAGCCUCAUGUGAGUGCAGCCGGAGCAGCAGAGCCAGGCACCAACUCAAGGCAAGUGAUGUUUUUUUCUCUUUAUCUUUACACAUAGUUAUAAAUCUGUUAGGUAGUUUAAUUAAAUUAAAUCAUUAAACAGCGCUUCAGCUAUACGGUUUAAAGAGAAGACAGUUAACUAGUGGUUACCCCUAAGAUUAAAUCUACCGAAAGUUAUUUAAGCUGUGAUGUAGAGAGUAGAUAUUUCUUUUGAGUAAAAUCUAACAUGUUAAAGUUCAAGGUUCAAGGUUUACUUCUUCCUGUGGACCUUUUUGUUUUUAUUUUUACACCCAUUUCCCCACAAAAAUGUUAGCUUUCUAGCUAGCACGCUACUGAACAGAUUAGUUUAGUUUAGCACAGCAUGAAUUAUAGCUAACAUGAGCUUAAAAUGGACAUUUCGUCUUUAAAUCACAGCAUUUUGCCUAAACUUGUAAAUAGCCGUUUUUUUUGUAUGCUUUUUACAUAUUAACACUAGCUUGCUGCUAGCUGAAAUUCAGUCGGUUAUUUACACAAGAUGACGAUGUCUGUCUUACCUCAGGGGCUACAAGCGCGUUACAGCUGCCGCUUUCUGAGAGAAGUGUUUUAUGUGGCUGUGAAGUUGUUUGUCAUCAGAAUGAUCGUUUUAACUGUUUAACAGAGAAGGUUUUCUUAUAAAAGACAUUAAAUCAGCUCUUCACUUUAUUGCUGUGUGCCUCAGUGUGUUAAUUCUGAGGGGUAUAAUUCAGAAAAAAACUGUUUUUCCAUGUGUUUCCAGUCCUACACACAUCACUAGAGUGAGGUGGACAUUCACCCUACUCCACAGGAUAACCAGACAUUCAAUGGCCUAGAUGGCACUGGAGUUUUCACAGAGCUGGACUCGUUCCUGGUGUCCACCCCUGUGCCUUCUGUGUGAGUACUAUGUGGUAUUUUUGUGAAUAUUCAUAGGUCAGAUGCAUGACAGUUUGUCACAAAGAUGUAUUCCGUUUUUGAUAAAUAUUUUGUUCAUAUUUCAGCUCAAUGUUUGUUCAUAUUGCAGCCCUUACCACCAAAACUCUGAGUUAGAGGAUCUGAAUGUGUCACAGGUCUGAAUUUGGUGUUGCAGGAAGCUAUUUUCUUCUAAUCUCUAUACUUUAAAAUUAUACUUUUUUAACUUUUACAACGUUUAAAAAUAUCACUGAUACUACUUUAGAUAAAACAAUCGUAAUUUUGUGCUGUCGCUGAGUUUAUCAGAUCUUACAAACAUCCAUGACUAGCUUGUAGCGCGCUAGCAUCACCUUGCCGCUAGCCUGGUUUACAUUUCACAUUUAUCUCAUUUACUGCUGUUUUAAAGGUGAAUAUGUCGCUUGUUUAUCUGCUUUUGAGUGUGGUUGAGGAUUCGCUCCAUUUGCAUAUGGUACUGUUGGAAUUGGAGGCCGUGGAGAAACAGAUCCGCGGCCUACUCGACAAGCGGGCCAGGUUGCACAAGCGAAGAACUGCACUGGAAACAGCUUGUACUACCACAUACAAAUCCAAGUGCCGACACCUCACAGACCUUGGGUGCACCAGCAGUGGAAGGUGCAGGACAGACCCCAAGUGUGGAUCUCUCCCUCUCCACCACCCCCAGUCUUAGAAAUUCCAACCAGGAACCGCUUCGCCCCCUCCAUCAGACCAGACCAAAUGCUGUGAUCGUCAGGGACUCCAUUGUGCGGAACGUCUGCGUUGCGUCAUCUAAGGGUAAGGUGCGCACACAUUGUUUCUCUGGUGCUUGUGUCCUUGAUGUCACAGGUACCAGGGAUCCUGAAGAAGGACGUGAGCAUUGGAGCGGUCGUGCUGCACGUGGGGGCAAACAACAUCAGGCUGCGGCAGACGGAGGUUCUGAAGAGGGACUUCGCCAGCCUGAUUGAGACGGUACGAAGCAGAUCACCCACCAUGUAGAUCAUCGUCUCUGGACCUCUUCCCACACACAGACGUGGAACUGAAAACAAAUUGUUGAGGCCCCCCUGGCGGCCCCCACUUUGAAAACCACUGGUGUAAUGAACACUAUCUGCUGUUUGUUAAUAACUGGAAUCUGUUCUGGGAGUAUCCUCGGUUGUUUCGUCCUGAUGGCUGGCACCCCAGCAGCCUCGGAGCGGAACUGCUGUCAGACAGCAUCUCCAAGGCACUACACUCCAAGUGACUGCCUACCGAAUUUCAGCAUUGGACUCAUUUCCAUCUUUUUUGGCCUCUCCUUCACUUACUGUUUGGAAGUCACUGCUUGCAUCUGAUUCGGCAACUGUCAUUCUGUAUUUCUGUUUCAUUGCUUACAUUUUGAACCCUUAGCAAUAAGUUUUUCCAUUUGUGUAUUCAAGUUUGUUUUUCCUUGAUUUAAUGUGCUUGUGUGGGAAUUUGCUGUGUGACAAUUAUUUUUCAUAUGGGAGUAUGCAAAGACUGCUGCUUAUAAACAGUGUGUCAUUAAUUACAGUUUUUAAUUAGUUAAUAUAUAACUGCACAAUGGUGGAUUCUUUCACUAUUGCAUGAAUAGGUGCACUGUGACGUAGAUUAUGAAGCACACAUUAGAUUGACAGUAUUUAAAUGCCAUAGUAGUUGUGGGGAAAAUAAUUUAAUGAACAAAAAUGACAAGGUGUCAUAUUUUUAUUCAUUUUAAAUACAAUAGAAUUAUUAUAGUAUAAAUAUAAACAGGUUUAAUUGUAUUUCAAUAUAAAGGCCAUGUUUUACAGAAUAGAGUAGUUUCUAAACCAAUAUUAAGAAAAAUAUUGUUCCAUAGUAGCUAUUAAAUAUUUUUAUUAGUAAAACCAUAGCAACCACAAGUAUACAUGUGUUUUUUUUUUUUUUUUAACUAUGGAUGGUUUAUUUGCAAUAAAACCACAGUAAUGUCAAUCUCAAAAAAAAAAAAAAAAAGGUUUCUGCAUAAAGUCCAUUGUCAGAGAUGAUUUAAGGGAUGUUUUUAAGGAAUAACCACAUACCUUAAAGUUAAAUCCAUAGCGUUGUUUGCCAGUGAACGUUAUAAACCGGACCAAAUUUGGACGUCCUCCUAACAUCCAUCAGCGAGUGUUACAAAGCUGACCUAAGUGGACGUUCGCAACGUCUGGCGGACGUCCCCUGUUUGCUGGGAAGAUACUUUUUUUUUUUUUUCUGCCUUUUGUCAGUACAUAGCAAAAUCCUGUGUGUUAAAUUAACACUUCUACUAUAAUAUAGUACAGAGUAACACUGAAUCAUUGUUGCAGUUAAUUGGAUAAUUAAGUGAUUAAGUGAUCAUUGACCAUUAGUGAUAACACCUGCUGUUAACAAGCAGACUCACUGCGGGAAAGAUGAACAAGAACAGAAAAAAGAGAAGAGACAAAUGACUUACAGCCUUAGAUGAAAUCAACUGCAAAAAAAGAGCACAUUAAAUCUCUCAGGAUCUCACCAGAGGAUGAUUAAAAUUUCCAAAAACAGCAUUAGCACCUUCCCUUAGUUUUCCUUUUCUCUUAUACAUGUAUAAAAGUUCUUAUUGAGAAUUAACAAAUGUUUAGCUCUAGUUAAUGUUUUACUGUAAAUAAGUUUAGUUUGAAGUCACCAUUAUGGUUAGCGUUUUUUUUUGUUUGUUUGUUUGUUUUGUUCUGCACUUGACCCUGGACUUUUAUUAAAUUAAUUCUCUUUCAGCAAUUGCAGGAAUGUUUCCCUAAAAGCACUUGUGCAUUGGUGAAGAAAUAGAUUGACGAAUAAGCAAUUCAGCUGAAGAUGUCUGCUUUUAUGACAUUUAAAUGCCUAUAAUAAAAUCAUGAGGUUGAGGCAUUAAUGAUCUUUAAAAAAUGUUCUAUUAAACAAAUGCAGCUGCUGUGAUAGAAAAAUCACUGCAAUGCAUUGGCACAAGAUGAACAGGGAUGUUCUCUCAAAGACGGAACAUCAUCUUUUGUGUAAGAAUUUUUAACCGAACACAGAGGUACGCUUAAGGUACUUUACACAUAAAGUGAUAACACACUUAUAAUCAGUGACUAGACUUUGGAUGAGAUGAGAAUCAAGCCACUUCUUGAUGACUGACACCAUGAAUAAGCAGCCAACAUCACCUGAUCUCUUUUUAUCUCAGCAUUCUUUGCUACAACAAAUGUGUUUUAUAAACACACUGUUACAAUGGUCAGAGGAAAACUAACAUUAAAAAACAAGAGCCAAGGGAACACUAAUCAACAUAUGGUGACUUCAAACAAACUAUUAUUUUCAAUAUAACAUCAACAUUACCUAGAGUUAAACCCUUUGGUACAUGUUUGAAAGAACUAAAGCUAAACUAGUAAUAAGUACAGAUGGUAAUGCUGUUUUUGGAGUUGUUAAAUCAUUCUCUGAUAAGAGCUUGCGAAAUUUAAUGUGUUCUUUUAUUUGCAGGUGAUGUCAUCUAAGGCUGUGUGGCUGUCAGUUGUAGUUACUGUAUGUCUGCUCAUCUCUUCUCUUUUUUCUGUUCUUGUUAAUAUUUCCUUCAGUGGUUCUACUUGUUAACAGCAGGUGUCAUCACUCAUUGUCCAUCAUCACUUAAUUAUCUGCAACACUGCUUCAGUGUUGCUUUUUACUCUCUGUAGAAUAGACUUGUGUAGACACAGAGAAGUGUUAAUUUAACACAGGAUUUUGCUGUGUAGUCUCUGACCCAGCCUAAAUUUUGUCUUACUUGGCUCCAAAAUAAAAUCAUAUUUCUACCAAACCCAACAUUUACCAAAUAAAUGCUUCUACCACAUUUCUACCAAACCCAACAUUUACCAAAGAAAUGCUUUCAUUUAUAGAGCUGUCACACUAUCACUCAUGCACAACACACACUGUGCACACAAUAGCAUCUCUCUGUUGGAUCUCAAAAGAAUAAAUAUUAAAUAUUAACUUUUGCAUUCAUUGCACAUAUUUUUAAUCACAAAAUAAUGUUCUUCAUUGUUAUUAAAAGAAAACCUUCCCAGAAAAUGAGUAUAGUAAAAUGCAGCUUAAAGCACCCCAAAGCAACUCAAAGCUGCACUAUCAUAGUAGUACUGCACUAAUAUUUGCUGUAAUGAUUUGUCUGUAAAAGAAAAAUACUUAUUUUUUCCAGCAGCCCUUUUUGGGGGGUAAACUUGGGGGAAAAAAAACCCUUGAUGUUUUAAAGUCUUUUUCCUUUCUCCACAAGAUGGUGUAGUCGGUUAUUUUAUUGUGGGCCAAGUACUAGGACCCUGUUCACCUGCUCCAUUACUUUGCACAAUAAUAUAGAUUAUAACUUCUUCAAUAAUACAUACAUAGUACUUUUUAUAUGUAAUGCAUUGCCUUAAAAAAGAUGGUACAGAUUUGUGAUCUCAUUGCAGUGUUUCCAAUCUUUGGAGCUCCAGUAAUGAUUAUUCGAUCAAGCUGAUUAGUAUAAUUUUCAACUGAUCAUCAAUACAAUGCCUUGUUCCUCUUAAUGAAGAAAAUGUAAGUUGCAGUCGGGCUAUAAAUGCAAUUUCGUAAUAAUGUGUGACCUGUAAUAUAUUUGUCUCCAGCAUGGAGAACAAAUUCUGCUGCAAUGAAUAAAAUGGGCUCUGGACAAGUUAUUUUAUAAUGGGGGUGUUUGUGAAGGGAUAAUGUAAAUACUUCAUUUGCUUACACAGUUUCAUGUUUAAAUGACAACUAUAACCAUGAGAUUUUUGUUUUUGUUUUCAGGUUUAUGAAGCAGGAUAAUGAUAUUAAAAUCAUAUGUGUCAAAUGACAUUCAA